UAGAUAACACUUGCUUUAUAGAAAUCAGAUUAGUGUGCUUGCAAGAAACCUCAAGAUGGGUUUAAUUUAUACCAUUUCCUGAGUAAGGUUCAAACAUUUUAUUCCAACUAAACCUGAUUGAAAUAUAAGAUAUUUUAGUUAGUUACAGGCAUUUUUAAACAUCCCGCUGAUUCAAACCAUAAUGUUUUUAACCAGUGCUUGUACAUACAGUAUGAAGGAUUAAAGCUUGUUUAGAGAUUUUGCGAUUUUAAAUGAAAGCUUCACUCACAUUGUACGAGUUAAAACUGUAACACUGUAAAAAAAAUGUGCUAUCUAGUAUCAUGUUUCAUUUGUUAAUUCAAAAUUAACACUUUAAUAGUUUUCUGUAACAGACCGAGUUCUGAGUAAUGCACCGCCCAGUUAAAGAUACUGUCUUCUUGUUUAAACUCCCCUGAGUUCACUUCAUAGGCACUGAAACAACAAAUCAUGUCACUUAUACUUCUCAAAAUCUCAAUUUUAGUGUGUGGAUUAUGUUUCAGACUUCAUGCUACCUCACUUGAUUGUAAUAAGCAGAAUUACCAGCGAGGAUCUGAUGUGACUUUGCGAUGUGAUGUCCCUCUCCUGUCUGAAAAUUCAACAUUACAGUGGAUUAAAGACGGCGGACAAACCUCCAACACAACUCUUGUGUACAACAACUCUGCUUACAUCAUCUUACACAAUGUUGAUGAACACAGUGAAGGAAAAUAUUACUGCAGAAUAAUGCAAAAUGGCAGUGAAGAAACUGUUAUGAAUCACACAGUUUGUGUCACUCAAUAUUCAGAAGGAAAAAAGCUUGUAAUUUACAGACAAAGCUCGAGUCAUAGUGAUUUAUUAUUGAUCUGCAAGUCUAAAAAGGAAUACAAAAGCUGGAAGUGGGUCUGGGAAACAAAGACUAAAAAAGAUGAUAUAAUAUCUGUAGAAAAAGGAGAAAAAGUUCAAGUUAAAGGAACAAUUACACCAGGAAGAAACACCUCUGCCACAUACAAUAGUCAAAUGUUCAUCCUUCACCUCUCACCUGUAAAGUUUAAUAAUAGUGGGACUUACAGGUGUAUUCCAGAUAAUAACAACAAACCAUACACAACCACAACUCUACACACCAUCAGAGUCUUUGCAGAGCCCCCUGGUGGUGUGUUGAUGAAUGAGUCUGUUGUUCUUACCUGUGAGGUGUCUGAUGUUACUGAUUCAGUCAGUGAUGCUGGCCUGGCUCAGGAUGGAUGGGGACAGAGGAGUGCUGGUCAAACAACAAAUUAUGAAUGAGACAAACUUCAAGAAACAACUCACUGUGAAUGUGAGCAGCAUUCAGUCAGACCUGCUGCAUUGGCAGUGUGCAGUGUUUACUGAGAACAAACUAAAAGUUUUGGCUCCUAUAACAAUCAGUUUGAUCUCAAAUGAUCCAGGUACAUCAACAGAGACCCCCACUUCAACAUAUCAAUGUAAUGUCUGAUCUAAGAUAAGAGCCACUGCUAGAAUUAUUAAGGCCCUUGAAAGUAGAGUUAUUGUUAUGAAUUUACUCAUAAAGAGGCAUUUGAUCAUUUGUUCUUUUUAAUUUGUUAGGGAUUUGUUCAUUUGGCUUAGUAUUAUCAAUUAUGGAUUUUUUUUUUAUAAUUUAAAAUUUUUACUCUACACAACAGCAUCUAAAAACAAUUUGCCUAACAUCCAGUGCCAUCUAAUAAACGUUGUUCAUAAAAAUUUCAACUUUUUAUAAAUGAAAGCAAUUAAUCAGUGUUCAAGAUAUAAAAUAGUAAGUUAAAAUGACAUGUACAGUCAAUUUGAUUAUUCUUAUGGUAGAGCAAAAAAUUGUUAACAGUGUAAACAAUGCU